AUGGGAGAAAGCCAACGAGCUUCGUCGUCUCUCCACAUUGUCGUGUUCCCAUGGCUGGCGUUCGGCCACAUGAUCCCGUUCCUCGAGCUCUCCAAGCGGCUGGCGCGGCGCGGCCACGCCUUCACUUUCGUCGCCACGCCGAGGAACGCCGCCAGGCUGGGCGCCGUCCCGCCGGAGCUAUCGGCGCGGGUCCGGGUCGUCACGCUUGAUCUGCCGGCGGUCCAGGGACUGCCUGACGGCGCCUAG